GUACACUUCACAUUGAACCCUUCCUGAUAUAGCUGUGCUACGGCCCCCUCAAGCCAGCUGGACUUGUGUCGCAGAUCGGACUGCUGGCACAGAGAGUGAAGGGGGGGGGGGGUUCGAAGUUGGCUCGCCCCCCAAAGGGGGGCGACAGCCUAGCUAUCCUCGGAGUUCCUCGGCAAGAACCUUACAUUUGGGUUGUUGUCUUUUUUGCUUGUUUCGGCUACCAGUACAGCCUUCGACGGGCUAUUUAUCGAAUGCAGAAACUCUUGAAAACAAUGAACACAUGCAAACGGGCACUAAAGUGCACCGCCUCGGGCUGUGAGGCCAAAGCCGACGACGGCUCAGACCAAGCUGAAGUCUAGGCAAAGCCAAUGCCAAAUAUCCUCGAGGGAUAGCACCUGCUGGGCUCAACGCUUUGAGGCCGCACUUAUAAAGUUGCUUGCCCUGGCGCUCCAACACGAUCCAACCCUCCCUUGCUCCAGUCUCCUCUCCCAACCUCGCUCACGACACAAUGCGCUCACAGCCCGUCCCAGCUACACACUGCCACCCCGCUAUUCCACACUUGACUGUGAGUCCCCACAAAGGGCGAGCCAUCGCGCUGCGGAGCUGGGAGGUUUGCAAGGUGUGGUUGCCAGUGGUUGCCCAUCGUCACUUUCGUCCAUCUUGAUGACAGGGCGCGGCCCCUCGAUUGCCAAACACUUAAACUGAAUUAUACUGCAUUAUGCAUGUCACUAUUGUGAGCAGUAACCCUUGCCUGAUUGCGCACAAGAUGGACUCAGCGGGCAGUCACAAUGUAGGCGCUGUCAUCGAAGGCCUGCAGAAUGAGUAUGACAGGUCGGCGCAGUUCUUAAACAACUUGUUGCAAAGCCUCGAGACCCAUCCGCGUGGGCGCGACAACAGUGGCCCUCUACAGCAAUCUCGCAACAAGAACGAAGAUAAUGGCGACUACGGGAUACAGACAGGAAGGAUCGAUGAAGAAAAGGAGGGCGCGGAGGAGGACACUUUCAUGGGACUGUCACUGCAGCGCGCUCCAGACCCUGGCGCUGACAGCAGGGGCAGUAAGCAAAAGAAGCCUUCCCCCAGCCCGGUGCAGCCGCUGCGGCUGCCAAAGCAGGCUGGCGCUGCUGCGCCGGGCACCGGCAGGGCCAGCCCGCACCCACCGAGUACUGGCAGGGCCAGCCCGCACCCAGCGGGGGGCGUGAGCCCCGCCAGGCGACGCCCGUCACUGGACGUCAAGUCUAGCGAGGUCCCAGCAGCCGACCGGGGCGCCCGCAGGUCCCUGGACAUGGACUCGAUCGCCGCACGGAAGGGCGCCGUCGGCGGGCGCGGCUCCCCACCGCUUGAGCCGGCUGGCGGAAAGCAGCCUCAUCCAAAAGCUGUCGCACCGAAGGAUGCAGCGGCUGCAACGCAAAAGACAGGGAAAAAGCCAUCGGUCGAAGCGGUAGCCGGGGGCAGGGAUGCUGGCGGCGCGUCAAGCGGGGCUGCUCGCUUUGGCCGGCGCCUCUUGAGUCUCUUCGGUGGUGGCGGCGGCUUCAAGUCCAGCAGUGCAGCAUCUACUGCUGCUACCCAGCCGCAGCAGCAGCCAAAGCCUCCGCAAACCCACAUCUCAGCGGGCUACGCCGAAGGGGCCUCCGCGCACGGGGCAUCGGGCGGCGACAGUCCUCAGCUGCUGCGCACGCUGUCUGGCUCGGGGCACACCCAGUGGUCGCGCCGCGAGGCAACGGCCGCCACGGACGUCUCCGCCUCCCAUCUCGCCCACACGCUCACCGCCGACACCUCGCUGCCCACCUCCCAGCUCUACGACAAGCUUAUCAGCUCGGAACUGUCCGGCUCUACCGCCCCUGCGCCCGGCAGCGCCGGCACUGCGGGCGUACCCGCUGCCGCCCAGCACCGGGCGCCAGCCGCCAUGGCGUCGCCGGACGCAGCCGGAAAGGCCGGCAGCGACCAAAGCAAGGGCACGCGCUUCCUGCAUAGUGGGUCUGGGGUCAACCAGCGGCAGCCGAACACGCCGCUACUUGCCCCGGGAAGCGGCUUGCCGGCAACAGCUGCGGCGCCUGCGUACGGGCUCCCCUGGAGCGGCUCAUUUGCAUCGUCAUCUGCCUCUGCCUUGUGUAGCCCUUCCAUGCACACCGUUGCCGGUGGUGCGUCAGCUGUCGCCAGGCCGGCACAGAAUCCGGCAGUGCCGCAGCCGCCGUCGCUCGCUCAGGUGCUGGCGGCGGCGGAGGCCGAGGCGCAAUUGCCGCUGCGAGGCGGCAGCCGGGGUGGCCGGCAGCGGCGGUCGUCCCUGGACUUCACACCCGCGCUGCCGGCGCACCUGCGGGCGUCCCUGGACAGCUCUGGCCUGCCGUCGCUCACUGCGCUGGGUGCCGCUCAAGAGGUUGCAAGGCUGCGGAGCAGCCUCGCCACGCCGCUGACCGCGGGCGCCUCUGGCGCCGUUGUCCGCUCGUUCAGCCCUGCCGGCAGCGCCAGCCGCGUGCGCCCCUCCCUGGAGUUCUUUGGCGGCACCGCGCCGACCGGCUCUUUACGGGGCGAGACGCGCACUGGCGGUGGCGGCGGAGGGCAUGGUGUGACUGGUGUUGGCGGUGUCGAUUGCGGCCACAUCGGGCCCCUGUAUGCGGCGGCGGCCUACCUGCAGCCGGCUGCGCAGCGGGCGCCAGGGGGCCUGCAGGGCUCCAUGGCGCCGCCGCAGCAGCUCAGCCCGGCGGCGGCGGCGGCGGGCUGGGGCGCAGGCAGCUGCAGCGCCGGGCAGCUGAUGCUGGUUGGGGAUCUGGAGGGGCAGGAUGCGGGGGCGUCCGUCAGAGCGGCGACAGCGGCAAGCGGUGUAAGCCGCGGGGUGCACAUCGCUGCUGCCAGCGGUGCCAGCGGUGCCAGCGGUGCCAGCGGCAGUAGCGGCAGCGGCAGUGGGUUCGGCGGCGGGGCCGCUGCCGCUGCGAGGUACCAGACGCCUGUGGCAGCACCUGCUGUUGUGACGUGGGCGGCUGCCGAAGAGGCCGCUGCAGCAGGUCCGGGGUCGGCGCCGCUGCCGGUGAUGACUGGCGUGCGGGCGGCGGCGCCGCCAACCACCAAGCCGGCUGCGGCGGUGUCGCCGCCGCCUCACGGCGGAGCUCCGGCGGCGGCGGGAUCACCCGUUGUCGGCUGGCGUUUGCGGGCGCCAACCUCCGCUGACGAGGCACUACUGCCGCGCUUGGGCGCUGCAGGCACUGCGGCAACCCUGCAGCCCCACCACGGCCUGCAACCGCACCCGCACGGGCACGGGCAUGGUGCAGAGCUUCCGUGCGUACGCUCUGCCGGUGGUCACGCCGCCGCCACCACACCGUCGGCGUCAGGCGAAGCGCCGCCGCCGCCGCAUCCGCACUGCGCAAGCACUGUGGGCGCAACCAACGACAUCCGCCACAGCCGUGACUUCGGGCUGGCGGCGCGCCAAGCGACGCCGAUGAGGAGCGGCGGCAGUGGCAGUGGCCCUCUGCUGGUCCUGGCCAGCAGCCUUGGGGGAGGCAGCGGCGGCGGCGGCGGCGGGGCUCACAACUCCGCUGUGACGCUGCACCCCGCCGCGGACGCGCUGCUCGCCACGAUGCAGACGCUCCACGGCCACCAGCACCAGAGCCAAACCAACCUGGCCGGCAGCGGCAGCCACGCUUUCCCGCCGUCGCCCAGCCGCUUCGCCUCCUGCCCAGCCACGUACGGCGCAAACGUAACAGCCGCAGCAGCGGUUGCAGCUGCGAGCGGCGGUGACGGCGGCAGCAGCAGCGGCGGAGGCAGCAGCAGCGGCGGCGGCAGCAGCAGCGGCGGCGGCAGAGGCACAACUGGUUCCGUGCCCGCUGCUAUGCCUGUGCCUGCGCUGGCCGCGGCCGCUGCAGCUGACGCCCCCGCAGCCGCAGUGGCAUGGGCUUCAGGCGGUGUGAGCUCGGAUCCGUCCGGCACCUGCGCUGAUGCAUUGGCUACGGAGCGAGAGGCGCAUGUGGGCGUGGACAGCGGGCCCGCAGGCAGGGGCGCACGCCGCAGUGAGGUCGGCGAGGCGGCGCAGGCGGCCUGGGCACCGCGGGUGCCUCCGCUGGCGACGCUGCACCCGCUGCAGGCGGAGCCCAUCACUGGCAUAGCCGGGCGUGCGGCGUUGGUGCCCUCCGCGCCGGGAGUUGGAGUGGCGGCACUACGGCGCGACGCCGCUGUCAGCCAGGGCGGGCUUGGCGGUGGCGGCGGUGGGGAUGUGAUGGAUUACGUCGGGCGCGGUCGCGUCAGUGAGGCAAGCAGUCAGGACUGACGGGUUCUCUUGAUGGCGGACGGACGGACUGGCCAAAAUCACGACAAGCGUGUGAGGUGCUUGCCGGCCGCGCAGCCGCUUGGGUGUGUCAUGGGGUGUUCCCACGCAGGACCAAUAUCCGCUGUUAUCAUCUUGUGUUCAACAUUCGAGCGUACGCAACGCGUCGGUACGGACCUUGCAUUUUAGAACUGUGUGCAGGUACUGAUUCUGUGCAUGGGGUAUUGGAGAAAAAUGCAGACGUAUUUUCUUUAUCCCGCUGGCGCUUACAUAUUGCAACUCGCGGCAUAUGUAUGCAUGGUGCGCUGCCUGUUGCAGUGCAGCAUUCAUUCCGGUCUGCACCCCAGGCAAGGCUACUGGAAAACUAUGUAUGCUGCCAUGCAUUCCAUGCCACACGCUUUCAACUGUCAUGGCAUGGCAUGCGCACGAACCGUACUUAUGCCGAUCCCCUCUCAUCAUGGCGUAAUAAUGGCACGUGUGCCGCAUCGACUUCUGCAUGCAUGAGACUCGCCUUAGGAAUGGCACUGAGUGGACUGGUGAUGGAGGGGGGACGCGGUGUCUGGGAGGUGACACUUUGUACGUUUAUCUGCGCGGUUCGAUUUGUGGAUGAUACCUAUACCUCCAAGCGCGGGGACGUGGUCAAGUGCUGUGCAGCUCUAGUGCUCAAUCCUCUAGCAUUUUGUGAAUGACUCCUGUGACGGGGUGGCGCCGGUUACAAGGUGGAUGUAGCCUUUGCAGAGCAGCUGGCAAUGCACCGUGUACACGACUGGCCGGGAGCGUGGCGUGUCCAUCAACAUCAAUUUGAAUCGCACCCGCAUUAUAUACCCGGAGUCUCCGGCGUGGGUCUCCGCAUACUGUAUGCAUUUCCAAGGAUCAGGAGGUCAGGCCUGAUUGUCAGUUAUUUGAUGCACUUGUAUUGUGUCAGGUCGCCUCGUGAUGUGGGCUUGGGCUGGUGUCCGGGCUGGCGUGUGGACGUGUGGCGCUAGUGUGACGCAAAUAUAAUAUUAUAUACCGCGGUUGCCGUACCGCAGACCACCAGUCAGUGCCGCAGUGCUGUACUGACUGGUUGCAAUAGUACGGCAGGUCGUUUAGUGACGAGGUGGCGCGUGCCCUGGCAGCGCCUGGCGGCGUGUGGGCGUGCGCGCCGUGUACGACAGCAGCAGGCUGAGCUGCUGGAAGCAGGGCAGUUGGAGUCCUGCCUGUAAAGGCGUAAGUAAUUUAAGCGGCGCAAGGAGCUUGCAGGCCGUGUGCGAGUAGGGGCGCUUUGUGGGCGUGCGUCCUUGUGAGGAAUGAGAGGUACCCCAUUCACGAAGAUGAACCCCAUGUCCGGAAUAGGUUGCGCUUGAGCGUGACCUGCUGUGAAAUGGACAUGGUAAUGUUGGAAGUCCCCGUUGCGUGCACAUAGCAGUAAACCUUGCAAUGCUGCUGGCCUGCUGUCAGUUGUCCUUUGUCCCGCAUCCUCAGACAGCAGGGGCACCCUUUGUUGGGCGGUUCCCUCAACGCUUGAUGAAGUGGGCUGUGGCACGGCGGUGGCAAUAACGCUGGCUGUCAGGGAUUGAACGGGUCGGGCUGCGCUUGAUUACCGUAGUUGGUUGUAAGCUUGUUUUGGAGAAUCCGAUCCGCCCCGUCGCAAGGACCCGCAUGGUUGCAACGCAGCUGCGGGGACACAGGGACGCGGGCCACCACGGUGUCAUGCCCAUGCAAAGCCGUGGAGCAUCCUGGGGCCUUCGCAUGUAAUACAAUUAUGGC